AUGGGUUUUAAGCGCCUGCAUGAGUUCAAUAUCGCACUUUUAGCUAAGCAGGGGUGGUGGUUAUUAACCAGUCCUGGGUCCCUUGUGGCUCAGGAUCUACUGGUUUCAGACUUGAUUGAUAAUACCACCAAUGGGUGGACUGAUGAUCUUAUUCAGCAUCUGUUUGCCCCACGCGAUGUGCUGCUCAUUAAACAACUUCCUGUUAGUAUGGAGUGUGAUGAUGUAUGGUUUUGGGGCAGGGGUUUGAGAGGUUGCUACUCGGUUAAGGAUGGUUACAGGAGGUUGGGAGAAGUUAAUGGACCUUGUUUGCCUGUGUGGGGUAAUCUAUGGAAAUUACAGGUCCCUCCGAAAUGGAAGAACUUUCUGUGGAGAGCUCUGUCUGACAACUUGCCAACUCUCAACAAUUUGAUUAAUAGAAGGGUUGAGUUGGUUAAUAUUUACCCAGCUUGUGGAUUGGAGGAGGAGAAUGAUAUGCAUAUUUUAUGUUCUUGUUUUUUUGCUACACGUGUAUGGAACAUAUCUCAACUGCUUAUUCCUUCUUUUAACGGCAGGAGUUUUGGUCAAUGGACGGAGCUAUGGCUUGGCACCUCGGCCACUUACAAUUCAGAAGCACAGGGGAGGAUUUGUGGUUUGUUAUAUGAUAUUUGGACUGCCAGGAAUGAGGCGGUUUGGGAUGGUCGUUUGCCGGUGCCGUUUGUGGUGGUUCAGCGGUUCACGACUAGGUGGGAUUCUUGGAUUGCAAGCGAGCAUCACCGCAGCAUCACUCGUGUAUCACAUGCGCCCCAAGGGCCGAGUUCGGCUUUGGAUGGUGGCGUGAUUUGUCGUGUAGAUGCGGGCUUCCAUGGAUCGAAUCAUGCUCCAGCUUUUGGUUUUGUUGUACAGGAGGUCGAUGGAACCUUUGUGGCGGCAGGGAAUGGACUUCUUAUUUGCCCGUAUGACCCCCUCUUGGCGGAAGCUUUAGCUUUGUGUGAGGCAUUAUCGUGGCUAAGGAAUAAUGGCUUCUCAAUGGUCUCAGUUUACACGGAUAGCUUGGUUUUGGUUUCUAGUCUUACGCAUGCUAGUUCCUUUCGUACUUAUCUUGGUUAUGUUUUUGCUUUCUUGUAA